GACGGGCACGCGGGUCGCCCGGCUGGCUGCCCCCCUUCUUCCUCCCCUCCGAGAUCCCGGCACCUUCCCGUCCUGCCGCGCCGACAGGCCCCCCGCUGCCCCGCCCAGACCGCGGCAUGCGCAGAUCUCGCCUCGUUUUCCGCCCCGCUGCGAUGCAUAGGCGCGCUGCGUUAGCCGCGGCCGCUGUCCUCCUCCUCGCGCUCUCCGUUCCCGUCUCCGUCUCCGCCGCCGAUGUCCAGGCUGCUGAUGGCGCUGCCGGGAAUGGCACUGGCGUCGGCCUCGACCGCCGCACCAAGAUGUUCCUCCACCACACGGCUGGGGCGCGGGCGGCUGCGGCGCAGGACACGGGGCUGGGACACUUGGAUGCCUUCUUCGCCAGCCUGUCCAUAAUCGUCGUCAGCGAGAUUGGCGAUGAGACGUUCAUCAUUGCGGCGCUGAUGGCGAUGCGGCACCCCAAGUCGACUGUGCUCUCGGGCGCACUGUCGGCGCUUGUCGUUAUGACGGUACUGUCAACUGGACUAGGCAGAAUCGUUCCGAAUUUGAUAUCGAGGAAGCACACUAACAGUGCAGCGACAGUCCUGUACGCAUUUUUUGGGCUACGGCUUCUGUACAUUGCUUGGCGGUCGGAUUCCAAGGCAUCACAGAAAAAGGAAAUAGAAGAAGUAGAGGAAAAGCUGGAAGCAGGCCAAGGGAAGUCGACAUUUAGACGUGUUUUCUCGAGAUUCUGCACUCCUAUUUUCCUGGAGUCAUUUGUGUUGACCUUCUUGGCGGAGUGGGGUGACCGAAGUCAGAUAGCUACAAUAGCGCUGGCAACCCACAAAAAUGCGGUCGGAGUCGCUACAGGAGCAACCUUGGGGCACACCAUCUGCACGUCGAUCGCCGUGGUGGGCGGCAGCAUGCUGGCCUCCAAGAUAUCACAGGGCACGGUCGCCACCAUCGGAGGCCUCCUUUUCCUUGGGUUCUCUCUUUCGUCAUAUUUCUACCCUCCAUUGUAGUAUCAUGUAGGUGUAAUCCUUCCUGCGAGCUCUCUAUUUGUUUCUUGUUCAGGUUCAGCCAAUCCCUAACCUCAUGGGAGUUUUCGUUGUACCAGUAAAGCAUACAUGGAUAUGUGUAGUAGGGAUACGAUACGAUCACUGCCAAUGUAUAUUAUACAAGUCACGAAUUCAAAAACCAACGGAAUUGGUGUCCUGAAUUCCUGAUUGCCUUUAA